AUGUCAGUUGUUACUGUAACGUUCUUUAGGAAGUUAAUAGGAGGGGUUGUAGUGCUUGUCGUUUUCAUCGUCAUUGCUGUUGUUAUCUACAUAUGUUGUCGGAAGAGACGUAAUCGAGGACAAGUUCUUCGACAGAAUGAUCAGCCGACAGUCGUACAGUAUGUCCCAACACAAGCAUCCCAACCACAGGGCUACGCUGCACAACCUCUGCAGCCUUGUCCCCAGCCUCCUGGGCCUGCAGUCUAUCAAACGCAGGCCAUGACCUACCAAGCCCAGCCAUACCCACCAAAACAAGAUCCCUACCAGGGUCAGCAGGGCUACCCGCCAAGUGGAGGACCGCCAUACCCACAGGGUACACCGUACCCACAAGAAGCUGCUCCUUACCCACAGGCUGGAUAUCCAGUAGGAACAACUCAAGGCUACCCGACUGGAGGCUACCCAACUGGGGGCUACCCGCCGAACACAACGCAGGGUUAUCCACCAGGGGCUGCUGCAGGAUAUCCUCCACAGCCAUAUGAUGUCCCACCGCCAUAUGAAGAUGUCCAGAAGUCAGCCCCUUCUGCUCCACCAUCUGGAUAUUGAGAAUUGCGAUCUCGUAAUAGGACAAAGGCGUGUUCAGAAUUCUUUUAGGAUUAUAAAGAGAUGAUGUUGAUGAUGGUAUUUUCCUCAUUGGGCAUUGUAGUCAAAGAUACUCAAAAGCGCCCUGCAGACAAGCCCUGCCUUGUCUUCUCUAGCAGGGUGAGGCCACAAAAACUUUUACUCUUCCACUGAGUCAUUUUUAGUUACAUUUCCUGUCUUGUCGACCACAGUUUAGGCCACACCAAUUCAAAACUUUGGACAGCAGGAAAGGAGGCAAAGGAAAGAGGGAGGUGUUAAAAAACUUAGCAAUUGGUGUGGCCUUUGUGUUCACUGAGUGAUAUAUGUUUUAUAUGAAAAUGAAAGUCUCUUGUCAGUCGGUAUAUUUUCCAGUUUAAAAGCGAGAAUGAGUAAAAUAUUUGUCUUCAAAUUCUUGCUAUAAGUCAAGUAUUGUUUUGUCGCACAUACAUUAUGGAUACUGCCAAAGGUACAAGUUGUUAAAGGCCUUCUCUGUUUGUUAAACUUGAAAUUUGAACUUGAAAUUAAAAAAACAUAUUGAUUAUAAAUUUCAACAAUGCCUUUGUGUAGACUGAUAUACAAAGACGAUAAAUGCCAAGUUGCAGCAAAUUUGCAUGUACAAUAACUGUACUAUGGCAGUGUUUACCUGAUGAAUACAAACAGCGAAGGCCUUAAAAGAAUAAAUGUAUUGUUUUCCUAUUAGUGGAGUGGUUUCCUUUUAGAAUUGCCAGUCGAAUCUCAAAAACCGUUUUAUUCAUGUCUUUGUCACAUGUGAGUAGAUUGACACUAAAGUAACUCAUCGUGUUGUUGUACAUGUACUUGUAUGGUUCUUGUAUACAUGUACUUGUAUGGUUUUUGUACACACGUACUUGUAUGGUUCGUGUAUACAUGUACUUGUAUGGUUCUUGUAUACAUGUACUUGUAUGGUUCUUGUAUACAUGUACUUGUAUGGUUUUUGUACACAUGUACUUGUAUGGUUCGUGUAUACAUGUACUUGUAUGGUUCUUGUAUACAUGUACUUGUAUGGUUCUUGUAUACAUGUACAUGUAUGGUUCUUGUAUACAUUUACUUGUAUGGUUUUUGUAUACAUGUACAUGUAUGGUUCUUGUAUACAUUUACUUGUAUGGUUCUUGUAUACAUGUACUUGUAUGGUUCUUGUAUACAUGUACUUGUAUGGUUCUUGUAUACGUGUACUUGUAUGGUUCUUGUAUACAUGUACUUGUAUGGUUCGUGUAUACGUGUACUUGUAUGGUUCUUGUAUACAUGUACAUGUAUGGUUCUUGUAUACAUUUACUUGUAUGGUUUUUGUAUACAUGUAGAUGUAUGGUUCUUGUAUACAUGUAUAUAAUUACUCGUACACAAAUCUGUUUGUACAUAGAAAAAAUAUUUAUUAGAGAUGUGUGGAUGUUAGUUACAGUUACAGAGCAAUAAAAGUUGCAUAAUCAUGGUCUUGUAAUAAUCCUCCUUGUUGCUAUUUGGAGGCAGCGUGAAAAUGGAAUGUGAACAGUGUCUGUUGCUUUUCUUGCAGGUAGGGUAUUUGAAAUACAUGUAGUGCACAACUUUUUCGCAAGGAUAUUGAUGAAAUGACUCAGACAUUACAAGUGGCCUCCAAAUGGCCAUCCAUGUCUGAAGUCUAAGACCCUCAAGGUCUCGUUUGCUAGGAGUUCUGGUGUUUCUAAGUGCCCAGCAUUUUGACCCUCAAUGGUAUUGACAUUGCACAGCUUCCAGACAAGGUGCAUCAAUUUGGGCUGAGGCUACGGAGGCAAUACCUCUGGAAGUUCAGUAUGAGAGUUCAUCUGAGCUUUAAGUAAAGAACGUUUACUUGAAAAUAAAAUGUAUUUAUUAAA